UAUCUCACUCACACUCACCUUUUUAUAUUUCUUAAUUUUAUUUUAAAAACAAAACUUUGAUUUUCCUUUUUCCCUUUCUCUGCUUCCUUAUUGGUAGAGUUGUAACCCAUCUCUUGUCUCUCUCUCUCUCAAGAGAGAGAUUGAAAGAGAGAGAAAGAGAACAACAACAAUAACAUAUGUAUUUGUGUGUCACAAAGCAAAACAAACACAGAAAGUUGCAAACAAAUGCCAAAUUUUAGUGCAGUAAUAAGCAUUGUAUAGUAUAGUGAUAGAAAGAGAAAAAAGAAACACUCUCAGCUCAACAACUUGGUCGGAAAGUUGCAAAUAAAAAGGCUCUUUCAUUUCUGAGCUAAAGUUUGGAUUUUUAAGGGUUUUUGAUCGUGGGGUUCUGUUAAUUUCAUCUGGGCCAUGACCAAAUUCCCUUAAUUACCUAUGGUUGCUUGAAUAGAGUCUAAAGGGUUGAUUUUGAUUUUGAUCUUGGUGAAGAAUUUUUGCGAUUGGUAUUGUUAUUUUUUGUUUGGAAAUGGUGGUUGGUGCUGUUUUUGGAUUAUAGGAAAAUUGUUGAUAGAAAUAGGAAAAGGUGAUAAAGAUGGAGGCAGAGUCAAACAGAGGGUUUCAUAAUGAAGAUAUAAAUUCAUCUAUGAGUAGACAUGCAAUAUCAUUUCAGCAUGGUGCUAUGAAUAAUAGCAUGUCAGAGAUGGUCCCAAUGGGUAAUUAUUUUGGGUUAAGUAGUUCAUCUGGGAUGGUAUAUUCUGGAAAUUCAACUUUCAUGAACAACAACCAUGUUGUAAGUCAAGGUGGUGGUGGUAAUUCAGCUGGUUCUUCUUCUCUUCUUGUUGAUUCAGUUCCAGGGCUUAAGCAUGACACAGGGUUGGCUGUUGAAUGGUCUCUUGAUGAACAGUACAGAUUGGAAGAGGGUCUUGCCAAUUAUGCCAAUGAACCAAGUAUCAUGAAGUACAUCAAAAUUGCUGCCGCGUUACCUGAUAAAACUGUUCGUGAUGUUGCUUUGAGGUGUAGGUGGUUGACAAGAAAGCGAAGGAAACCAGAUGAACACAGUUUGGGAAAGAAGAUCAAUUACAGAAAAGAUAAGUCGUUGGAGUUAGCAUCACAGACAAAUUUGCAUUCGACGCUACCCCCAAGCAUGGGGUCAUAUUCUCACAUGUCACGCGUUAUGGAACAAAGUCAACGGACACUAUAUGAUGGAAUUUGUGGGCCCAUGAAGCAACUCAUGGAGCAGAAUGCUCAAGCUUUUAAUCAAAUCAAUACCAAUUUAUCGACGUACAAGUUGCAGGACAACAUCGACCUCUUUUGCCACACAAGGCACAAUAUCAAUUCCAUUCUAAACGAUUUGUGCAGCAUGAGUGAGAUGCCUGGCAUUAUGAGCCAAAUGCCGCCACUGCCUGUUGCCAUUAACGAGGAUCUUGCAAGAAGUAUUUUGCCUAAUAGAACUUAGCAUGCAAAGUGCUGACUUCAUCAACAUUGCCUUUCACAAAUCGAUGCACAUCAAUCGUUGUAGAGAGGUUGGCAUCAUUCAUCAUUUGGAGGUCUUGGCUGCAACUGUUUUGGUGCUACAUGCAAUUGAGGAGUCAGGAAGUAACUCACAAAUAUAUAUAUCAUGACUUUCCAGAGAUUCUAAUCCAUCUUUUGAUCUUACAAGUUACUGUUCCAUGGUUGAUUAUUUUCAUUUGAAACAAAACUUGGAACUCCUGUUGUAUAAAUAAAUCAAUCUUAUAGGAAAGCGAUUAAUAUAUCAAUGGUUUGAUCUGAAUGCACAUUUAUAGAUAUCAGAAUAUUGAUUGGUGUUUUGCUACCAUGUCAUAGGAAUAGUUGGAGAUGUGUAUGAGACUAGUCUGCUGUAAGAAGUGAAGGGAACUCAUUAUGUACAUAAUUUCUUUGUUAUAAAUUAAGCUUAUCUAAAAUAAAUAGUA